CACGUCUACAGGCAGAGCGAGCGAUGAAAGAGUUUGUGAGUGUUGCGGGCCUCCGUGUAGAUGGUCGCCGGGCUGGCGAAGUGCGACGUGUACGUGCCAAGUUUGGUCUCUUCCAGCGCGUGGAUGGAUCGGCCUAUGUCGAGCAAGGCCAGACCAAGGUCAUGGCGGUGGUGUACGGACCGAAAGAACACUCUGGCCGUAAGCAAACGGAGGACGUGGCCCAGACCAAGGCGCGCGUCACGUGUGAAGUGACUCAAGCCCCAUUUGCCACAAGCGAUCGCAAAGUCACGCACAAGGCCGAUCGAAAGAAGCUCGAGAGUUCGUUGGCGAUUCUCCAAAUCUUUGAAAGCGUCAUCUCGACGCAAUUGUACCCCCGGUCUCAAAUUGACAUAUUUGUCCAAGUGCUGCACGCCGAUGGAGGUGAACUGGCCGCGUGCAUCAAUGCCGUGUCGUUGGCGUUGAUCGACGCAGGCAUUGCCAUGAAGGACGUCGUCGUGGCCUGCUCGGCUGGCUACAUCCAGCAAACCCUGUUGUGUGAUCUCAACUACACCGAGCAAAGCUCGCGCUGCCCAGACUUGACGGUUGCGUUAACUGCCCGCAACAACAAGCUGAGUUUGGUGCAAAUGGAAAGCAAAUUGCCACUCGAGUUGUUUGAAACGUUGAUGGCCACGGCCAUGGAAGGGUGUAGCCAAAUUUACGACAUCCUUCAAAACGAAGUACAGGAAAAUACGUGGCGCCGCCUCAUUUCUCGAGAAACAUAACAAUAACAUGGUCUCACAUUCACGA